UCCCCGGCCUUCCCGCGCUGUCCUCCCGGGCCUGGUCCCCCGAGCCCUGCUCAAGGCCCGAGUGGGAGGUUCCGGAGCCGGGGCGCGGCGGGGGCGGCCGCGGGCCCGCCCACCCCACUCUCGCCGGCGGCCCCAGGAGUGCAGAAAGAGACUCCUUUUGGACAUCUUGGAACAAGUGGAAACACUUAGGUGCUUGAGAUAAGACUCCUAAGAAAAUAAAAUGGCAUCCGGAGAUUUCUGCUCACCUGGAGAAGGGAUGGAAAUAUUACAACAAGUAUGCAGCAAACAGUUACCUCCUUGUAACCUGAGUGAAGAGGACCUGUUACAGAACCCUUACUUCAGCAAGCUUCUGCUGAGUCUCUCACAGCAUGUGGAUGAGAGUGGCUUAAGCCUUAACCUAGCAAAGGAACAGGCUCAGGUAUGGAAGAAAGUUCGACUACAUAAGACAACAUGGUUGAGGUCAGAGGUUUUACAGCGAGUCAUUCAAGAGCUGCUUGUGGAAUACUAUGUGAAGACACAAGACACAAAUUUAACAGAGGACAAAAAGUUUCAUGAGACCCUUGAACAACGACUACUUGUUACUGAACUGACACAGCUUUUGGGUUCCAGCCAGGAGAGAGAGACACCUUCACUGCUCGGGCUAGAGAAGGCAGAUCUCCUAGAACUCAUGCCGCCCUCUGAGGACUUUGCAUGGAUGAGAGCUCGGCUCCAGAUGGAAGUGGAGGAGCAGCUCAAGAGGAAAUGUUUCACUCUGCUGUGUUACCAUGAUCCCAACUCAGAUGCUGACCGUGAAACUCUGAAGGCCACAAAGGUAUGGAAACUGGCAGAGGUCCUGGUGAAUGAGAAGCAGCAGUGCCAGGAUGCCAAGAGUCAGCAGAAGGAGCAGCUGGUGCUUCUGGAGAAGAAGAGUGCCACCUACUCCCAGGUGCUUCUACGCUGCCUCACCUUGCUGCAGAGGCUUCUUCAGGAGCACCGGCUGAAAACUCAGUCUGCGCUCCACCGCAUCAACGCCCAGUACCUGGAAGUCAAAUGCAGUGCCAUGAUCCUUAAGCUGAGGAUGGAGGAACUAAAGAUUUUGUCUGAUACUUACACUGCUGAGAAAGUAGAAGUUCAUCGUCUCAUUAGAGACCGUUUAGAAGGAGCUAUUCGCUUACAAGAACAGGACAUGGAAACGUCACAACAGGUCUUGAGCACCUAUGAGAUCCUUGGGGAGGAGUUUGACAGGCUGGUAAAAGAGUAUACCCAGCUCAAACAGGCAAUGGAGAACAAACGCUGGGCCCUCCAAGAGUUCAACAAGGCCUGCAGCUGAGCUGAGCUAAGCUGAGCCCAGCCAAGUCAAGCCAGGAAGUAUGGCUCCUACACAGUCACUACUGCCUUCUCUCCUUGCUAAGAACCACCACACUGAGGCUGCCUCCAUUACAGCAGGAUGUGAGAAUACUUGCUUAAAACAGCUGCUAUAAUUUAGGCACCCUCUUGGUUUCUCUCCCUUGUUUACAAUAACUGGAUUUCUCCUGGGAAUAUAGCUAUCUGCAUACCAUAGCUGCUUGUCUAUGUCAGCCCUGUAUUAUAUUGGAUUAACUCCUAAAUAAAAUGAUAAUAUUAUUUCUUA